AUGGGCAAUCCACCGUCCCGAGAUGGCAGUAAUCCAGGCUCUAAUUUGCCUCCUUCUGGACAAGGUGGUCAGGAUCCAGAAAAAAGAAAGCUCAUUCAGCAACAGCUUGUUCUUUUGUUGCACGCACAUAAAUGUCAACAGCGGGAAAGAAGUGGUGGGGAUAAUGGGCGCUCAGCAUGUACUUUGCCACAUUGUUCCACUAUGAAAGAAGUGCUUACACAUAUGACAUCACAUUUUAAUAUUGCCAAAAUCAUAUCGCACUGGAAAAAUUGUGUACGCGAGGAUUGUCCAGUAUGUAAACCGCUGAAGAAUAUCCAAAACACAUCUGGAGCAGAUCGUCGUCCAGUCGUGAACCAAGUCCCAGAAUGCGAUCCGUUCAGAUCACCCAAUCCUCCUAAUAAAAUUCUGAGCGGCAAGAAUACUGACGCUGAUGCCAUAAGAUCACUGCCACCGCCCGAUGCUCCAGCAGUUGGCAAAGAAUGGCAUGCUAGCGUUACGAGAGAUCUUCGAAAUCAUUUAGUAGGAAAACUUGUGCGUGCAAUCUUCCCUGCUCCUGAUCCUCAUGCUAUGGCUGAUCAACGAAUACGAGAUUUAAUAUGUUAUGCUAGAAAGGUUGAAAAAGAUAUGUUCGAAAUGGCAAAUGACCGGGAAGAGUAUUAUCAUCUGUUGGCUGAGAAGAUCUACAAAAUUCAAAAGGAAUUGCAAGAAAAAAAGCAUAAAAGGAUGAGCGAUCAAAAUAUGUUAAGCGCUACUCAGACCUCCCAGCUUUGUCAGUUUUUUUCUAAAUUGAGAUUUUCGCUUUUUAGGUAUUGUAAUGCUAGAAUAUCUAGAAAUAUAAUUGUGUUCGAUGCGAAUGAGCUGCGUAGUUAUUUGAAACCAAUUUUAGAAAGGAUACAUAAAAUGGAUGAAUCUAUUCCUUUUCGAAUACCUGUUGAUCCUGUUAUACUUGAGAUUCCGGAUUAUUUUGAUAUCGUCAAGAAACCAAUGGAUCUACAAACAAUUGGCACUAAGUUAGAUACGGGUUUAUAUAAUAAUCCACGGGAAUUUUGUGAUGAUAUGUGGUUAAUGUUUGAAAAUGCAUGGACUUACAAUCGUAAAAAUUCUAAAGUUUACAAAUUUUCGACUAAGCUUAGCGAAUUCUUCGCUGAAGAAAUCAAUCCUGUAAUGCAAAAAAUGGGUUACUGUUGUGGCAAUAAACUUUCUUUUACUCCAUUAGCACUUUUUUGCUACGGGCAGUCAAUGUGCACUAUAGCUCGAGAUCAGCCAUACAUGGUCUAUGAAAAUAGUACUUCACAAUUCAAUGUCGUAGUAAAUGAGCGAUAUACUUAUUGUUUGAAGUGUUUUGAAUCAUUGCCGGAGGCUGGAAUAAAUUUGAGCGAUAAUCCGAAUGAUACGGCUAAUAUGGUACCUAAAUCGAAAUUUAAAUUAAUGAAAAAUGACCAAAUCGACCACGAACCGCUAGAGAAAUGCAAAUUUUGUUAUCGUAAUAUACAUCGGAUUUGUGCCAUAUAUAAUAAAUUGGUUUUUCCUGAUGGAUUUAUUUGUGAUGCAUGUCGAAAGGAGAGAAAUUUGACUGCACCAGAAAAUCGAUUUACUGCUAAAAAGCUUCCUCACUGUAAUUUAUCGAAGUUUGUUGAAGAGAGGGUGAACAAAUUCUUAAGAAGCAAUCCAAUGGUGAUCAUACGCGUAUUGUGCGCGACAGAUAAAGAAGUCGAAGUAAAGACACUUAUGAAGGCGAAAUAUGGUGCGCUAGGUUUUCCGGAAAAAUUUCCAUAUCGAUCUAAAGCCAUUUUUGCAUUUGAAGUUAUUGACGGUGUAGAAGUAUGUUUUUUCGGUCUUCAUGUGCAAGAAUACGGAAGUAAUUGUCCAGCGCCUAAUCAAAGGCGAGUUUAUAUCGCGUAUUUGGAUUCGGUCAAUUUCUUCCAACCGCGAGCAAUACGUACAGAUGUAUAUCAUGAGAUUCUCUUGGGUUAUCUUCAGUAUGCUAUGCUUAUGGGUUAUACUAUGGCGCAUAUAUGGGCGUGCCCUCCUUCUGAGGGUGAUGAUUACAUUUUUCAUUGUCAUCCUCCUGAUAUGAAGAUUCCUAAACCAAAGAGGCUACAAGAUUGGUAUAAAAAAUUGUUGGAGAAAGGUAUAGCAGAAAAUAUAGUAUUCUGCUUCAAGGAUAUAUAUAGACAGGCACGAGAUGAUAAUCUGCUCACCCCUAUGGCUUUACCGUAUUUCGAAGGGGAUUUUUGGCCAAAUGUUAUUGAAGAUUGUAUUCGUGAAGUUGAGAAUGAAGAGCAAGAGCGUAAACAUGAUGAUGAACAUGAUGCUUUUGGUUCAACGGAUGGUGGAAAAAGUAGCAAGAAAAAUAUGAAGAAUAAUUUGAAAAAGAACAUGAAAAGCAAGAAAAAAAUUUGUUCGAUAACUGGUGACGAGGUUACUGAUAAAUUAUAUAGCAAUUUCGACAAACAUAAAGAAGUUUUCUUUACAAUCCGUCUUAUGUCACCGCAAUCGGAACUUACUGCUCAAAACUCCGAAAUAAAGGACCCUGAUGGAAUAUAUAAUUGUGAUUUAAUGGAUGGUCGUGAUACAUUUUUAACACGAGCACGCGAUGAACACUGGGAAUUUUCGUCAUUAAGGCGUGCCAAAUAUUCGACUAUGUGCUUUUGUCAAGCAUUGCACACCCAAGAUAAAAGCCAAGGCCUAUCUUACACUUGUAAUAAAUGUCAAAAAGCAGCUCACUGGCAUUGUAACACUUGCGAGGACUUUGAUCUCUGCAAUCAGUGCUAUCAGUUAUCGAGACACGAACAUGAUCUGGAGAAAGUUAGUGUUUUAGUGGAGGUCAAUGAGGAUCGUCCAAAUUCCUCUGCUGGACGUUUGGAAAGUAUUCAGCGGUGUAUUCAAUCUUUGGUUCAUGCGUGUCAAUGCCGUGAUGCUAAUUGUCGUCGUCCAUCUUGUAAGAAUAUGAAACGUGUGGUAAUGCACGCAAGAUCGUGCAGAAAGCGCUCGAGUGCAACAUGUCCAAUUUGCAAACAGUUAAUCGCAUUAUGUUGUUAUCACGCUAAACAUUGCGAUGGUAAUGCUUGCAGUGUGCCAUUCUGCUCGAAUAUUCGCAAAAAACUUCAAGAUCAGAAACGUUCCAUGACACGACGAGCUGAUAUGUUGAUGAGGCGACGAAUGGAUAUGCUUCAAGCUGGAAGUAGUGCUAGCACCACCAAUAGUGUCACAUCGACUCAAAGUGAUUUUAAAAAUUUAUUUCAAAUGAAAAACAAUGGAAUGCAAAGACAGUCUAUCAAUCCACAAAGCCAGCAGUCGGCACCGCAAACACUGAAUCCUCCUCCAUAUAUCCGAGCUGGACCUCAACAAGGCGGGUAUGGUAUUUCUGGGCCGAGUCCAUCAACACCAUAUGGUGGAACUGGUCAGUCUAUGAUUAUAAAUCAAACAUCGAUUCAGCAAGGUCCGCAAUUCGUGACUCAACCACAUGAACAGCAUCAGUUGCAAAUUAUAUUGGAAAGAUUAAAGAAUGCUCGCACACCAGAAGAAAAAGAACAGGUUUUCGGCGAUCUCAAAAAGAUGCCCCAUCUUUUUGCUGCAUUCAUUAAAAUGAAAGGGAAUGGGGAUCUUAGCCAGCAAGGAAACCAGUGGCAGCAACAAAGUACAAUAAGUCCACAGACUCAACAGUUUUAUCAGCAGCAAACAAAUAACCCACAAAGUGGGCAGACACAACAGCAGAGAGGAGCAACUAGUCAGUAUCCAUUGAUUUCUCAGUCGCAAGUAUCAAAUGCCUCAACGGGUCAAGCCCAACCACAGUGGCAGCAGCAAUUUCAACGAAAUCCUGUGAGUCCAGCAAUGCAACAGCAAUUUAGCCAGGUUUCUUUUCACUUAAAUUUUCAUUUUAAUUGA